UGACUUGAGAGACAAGCCCAAACACCAGCCACUACCCAUACUCAAAAACCGGGCCAAGUUCGACAUGACCCCUGGUCAUUCUGGUCUCAAACUACACAAUGUUUGGAGCUCUGAUGAUGGUCUCUACCGCUGCCGAGUAGACUUUAAGAAAUCUCCGACCCGCAACUCAAGGAUCUACCUCACUGUCGUAGUGCCACCAGACAGUGUGAGAAUUUUGGACGUUAAUGGUAACGAAAAAAGCUCUACUAUUGGUCCUUACGUGUUGGGGAUGACACUCACUCUCAAGUGUGUAGCCACGGAGGGUCGUCCGGCACCAACGCUGACGUGGUGGGCAGGACACAAGGAGGUGAGAGGAGAGAUUGUUGAGAGUGCCAGUGAGGUGGUCAACACACUUACAGUGCCAUCACUACAGCGACACCACCUCCACCAGUCAUUCAUAUGUCAGGCCAAGAACGCUGAGUUUGCUGUUCCUGUCACAGCUGCUGUCACCAUAGAUAUGACGUUACCACCCAUGUCGAUCAACCUCAUGGGUGUUGAUGGGCCAAUCUCUGCGGGCGUGGGCGUGACUGUGGUGUGUAUAGUGGUAGGAGCGCGGCCUCCGCCCACUGUUAGCUGGUGGCUGGAUGGACGACCACUGAGGACAAGUGGAGAGAGACAGCGAGACAACGGUAACGUGACUGAGAGCAAGGUGGUGGUGGUGGCCACACCUGUCGACCAGAGCCGCUAUCUCUCCUGCCGGGCCGAGACCCCCGGUCUACUACAGUCAUCUCUUGAAGACGGUACUCGGCUGGUCGUCCACUGCAAGCCUGUAGGCAAAUGGGAGAACUCCAUAAGUGGGCCAUCUGGAAAUGGGAGGCUGACAAAAAGAAAGUUGGCAUUAGGAAUGAGUACCAACAGCAGCAACAGUAUUAGCAACAGCAACAGCAGCAGCAGCAGCGGAGGCAACAACAGGAGCAGCAGCAGAAGCAGCAGCAACAGCAGCAGCAGCAGCAGCAGCAGCAGCAGCAGCAGCAGCAGCAGCAGCAGCAGCAGCAGCAGCAACAGCAGCAGCAACAGCAGCAGUGGUGGUGGUGUGAUGGUAACCAACAUAAGUUUUGUACUGGUGAAUGUAAAACGUUCCUCCACCGGCAGCUACUCCUGCAGAGCGACCAACGCUGAAGGACAGGGCGUCUCCACCCACAUCAUCCUCAAUGUUAAAUACACGCCUGUGUGUGUGCCUGGUCAGCGGUGGGUGUACGGCGUGGCCCGGGACGAGGUGGUUCAUGUGGUCUGCCAAGUGGACUCCCAGCCCCAGGAAGUGUCCUUCAGCUGGGUGUUCAACACCACGGGUGACACCACCGACACUCCCCACGCUGACGUGACUCAAAACAACACUCUUAGUGUGCUGACGUACACGCCCCACACACAAAGGGAUUACGGUUUCCUGCUGUGUUGGGCUACGAACUUAGUGGGGAAGCAGAGAGAGCCAUGUGUCUUCAAGAUCUUCCCUGCAGGACCUCCAGACGCCCUUAAGAACUGCACAGUCCUCAACGAGAGUACUGAUGCUGUCCAGGUUCGCUGUGACGAGGGCUUCGAUGGUGGCCUUCCCCAGAAUUUCGUAAUGGAGGUUUACGAAAAUGAGGGACGAAAACUCAAGUCCAACGUGACGAGCAAGACACCAUUCUUCACGGUGCGAGGUCUGCCUUCUGGGUUGCUGCUGACCGUCACCAUCUACGCUGCCAACAACAAGGGACGUUCUCAACCCUCCUUCCUGCAAGCUGCCACACUCGCUAACAUCCACCAGAAACAUGUUUCAGGUGAUUAA